UACAUCCUCUCAUUGAUGCACUAGUAGCCAUCUCACAUUGAUCUCCAAAUUCAGACAUUUCUCCAAACACGCAUCUCUCCACGCCCUCUCAUGAAAAAUAUGAAAGAAGGACAACCAUCCUGUGCCCUCUCUGUUUGCCAAGUCCUGUGAAUCCUGCUUUGCAGAGUUCAUCAUCCUGUCUUAUGGUAUCCGCUGAAUUGGGUUCUGCGUUGAAUGAAAGGUUGCUUUCUAAGGGAGAGACCUCCUUUUGAAGUUAGAGGUGGCAGGGCUCUGCGUUCACAAGGGAAUAGUGGAUACGCCACAGAUUCAGUGCUUGGGGUGGCGUUGCGGGGAGUUCAGUUGGCUCGAUGGAGCUAUCUGCGGGACGAAGGCGAGAUUUUGAUGGAGAAAGAGAUGUCGGAGAACAGUGUAAUCGCUACACUGACCUUUCUGCUGUUGUACUUGACUCAAUAUUGGCUACCUGAAAAAUCCUGUUGAUGUUGUGUCCACGCUGUGCGCGUGCCGAAUUUCCUGAGGCCUUGUUCGCACUACACCACUUCGCCUCCGUUUGCAAACUCGACAAUUUGAUGAGAUACCCGCAGCAAAUUUGCGAAGUCGCAUCGUAGCACAGUGGCAGGGAGUCUCUUGGACUUGGGCUGCCUGGACCACCGUUCGAAUCCAAAUGUGCACCACUAGGAAGCUGGAUCUGGCUGGAUCCUCAUUAUUUAAGGGGAUGGCGUGUCAGCGAUUUUGGCAAACUUUCGAUGUUAGGAGCGACUCAUUCUAGACUACUGCCAGAUACUAUACCUCUCUCGUUUUGCUUGUGUACCGAAUUUGCUUUACAUUGAGAAGGCUCAAAUGAACGUUUUCAGUGAUGCAUGGAAACUUUAGUCUUUAUUGCACAGAAAAAAAUGACCAUCAUUCAAUUUGCUUUUGCAGGCUAUGGUUUGCCCCCACCUUGAGAUCCUGUUUUUGAGCGGAUCUAUCCGAAAUGUAGAGCUUAGCAGGGUUGUCGAGGCUGCAUCACAGGACACUAUUCCCUGAACAACAUCGGCACCAAUCAGUUAAAUUGAGGAGGUUUAUUCUCAGGCUGAGAGUGUUUGAAUUGACAUUCAUUACUGUUGCGGUUGUUCAGGCUGUGAGGUAAGUGAUCUACAUUGCUACAUCCAAUGGUGGCGUCUCAGCUUGUGAUUGAAUUGUGUUGUGUACAUGUGAAACUCGGAUUCUUGGAUGGUCUUAGUGAUGAUGGAGGAGUGCACACAUGGGCUCUUCAAGAACUUGAAAAUCGUUUCGAAGUAAUGAUUCAUCAUUUUUUAAAAGAAUAAAAAUAGGGAGAAACUUCUUGAACUUCUUGCUUUUAAUGUUGUUCGUUUCCGUCUCUUUGUGGAGGUUUCAUCUGCUGCGUAGCAGGGAGCAGGAUGACAUCAUUUUUUUCAAAAGAAAACUCGAAUCUGGGGUUUUUAUGAGGAAAGUUCCGUAGCAGAAGUCGCGGGAGUCCCCGAUGAACUGAUAAACGUCAAGCCUGGAAAUGCUGUGAAUGACCUUCGACGACACAUUCCCAGUCCUAAGGUUAGGGCUAACAGCCUCUCACGACAAUACACUACCAUUUUGUUUAGCAAAAUCAUCAGGGCUCAAUUUUGUGAAGAUAGGUUGACUUUUAUCCGAUGUCGAAGUUUUGGAUCCGUCUCAUACACUAACUUCAAUGCUAGUGAGAGCAGUUCAACCCCCCCCAAAUUGAGGUCAGAUCGGAUUCAUUGGUUAAGGAUGUUGCCAUCGGCUUGUGUGGAGCAACUAACUCUUUUGAUGCCAGAAACCGAUCACCGUUGCUUAGAGCAGCCCAGGCGUGGCGAUGUGCGCAUGACUGCUGGCCUGAUUGCAAUCGGUCCAGCGGCAGUGGGGAUGAACGAUUCAUCAGGAAAUGAUUUUUUCUUUUUGAUAUCAGCAUCUUGAUGUACAUAAGCUUGCAAAGGUCGAGAGUUGAGGCUUGGAAAAAGAAGAAAAAUAACAAAUACCUCAAGAAAUCCAUGAGAUGAUACACUUUCUUAGUCACAACAACCUUUGUUUUUGUUUGCAUGCUUGAGACAGGGGGAAUCAGUGCAAUGGAAGGAAGACAAAAAGUUUCUUUCAGAAAAUCAGCAUGGGAAUCUCAAAGAAAAAAGAACAAAGAAAUAGGGUAGCUCAAGAAUUUUGUACGUCGAUUUGAUCAGGAACCUCCUAAGCCACUGCUUGGAUUGCAAGGUGUAUAUAUUGAAUCGCCUUUAGUAGCCAGUUUAAUUAUCCUACAGCGCCCUUAGCAAUAUAGGUUGCCGGCGUAAUCAAUGGAAAAGCCUGCUGGGAUUGUGAUUUUUACAAUACUGUGAACGGGGACACCUGCACACACACACACACACACAGUUUGAUUGUAGCAAUGCUCAUGCCGGUAAGGUGUCAUAAUCUUAUCAGGAUGGAUGCAUUUCUGUCCUUAUAAAAAUAAGAGGUGCGUCUCUUCUAUUUUCUUUCACUUUUCUCCUGAACUCACCGAUAUUUCUCCAGCUUUAGGUGUUCCAGCUUUAUCAAGGGGUUUCACAUGUAGGUAAAGAAGAACACUGAGCACAUUCAUUAUGGUUUUACUUUUCCUUCUUUCUUUUUUUUGUUAUUAUCAUCCAUCAAGUUUUUAAAACAAAAUUUUCUUGGUGUGAUAUCAUUAUUUUGUAUUAGUUCUAAAUAAUUGCAGUCCAUUGUAUUGUACCUAUUUUCUCUUGUUCUGAAGCUAGGAAAUGUUCAUUGAAGUAAACAAGCAGCCACUCGUAUAGUACAUGUGGAAAAGCUUCAACCUGAGUUUUCUUGGCAAAGUACAAAAUCCUUGCAUGAGAGUGUGUCAGUCAAUUCUGGACAUCAAGGGCAGGGGCAACAGAGGCAGAUUGAACUCGAAGGGUGGGGAUGAAUCCUAGGUUAGAACUUUUCUUCUUGUGGUGGGGAAGAAGCAACGCGGGAUCAGCCUCGACGCGCCAGCAACCCCAGCGUAGAGCCCAACAGCGUGGCCUUGUUUAGCGUCGUGGGCUGGUCGCACCUUGCUGCCGCAUGUAGAAGGUAUACACUAGUGAGGCAAACCCUAGCCUAGCCCCCAGCGGUGUUAUGAUUGUAGCAGUGGCAGUGGUUUGUGGCACUGUGGAGUAGGCUUCGUCUUGUUUUGGAUUGUGAUUUUAGAUUCCAACUAGUACUACGCAACUAGUACUACGUUCAAAGUUGUUGCAGGCAAGUGUGGUUUGGUUGCUUACUUGGAACCCAGAACCAGCCAUAGCCAUUCCGGCCUUCUUCGGGCUCAAAUUACGCCAGGUUGCGGCUCAGGCAGCGCCGUAGCUAUUGUUGCCAGUCGAUGUCUGUGCUCCCUGGUUUACACGUUGUGAUGUAGGUGCCCAAUUUGGGCCCCGUUUGACGCCCGCAUGGGCUGGUUUUGAGGGGUUUGAGGGGUUGUUGCCAGUGUAGAUUUUUAGUAUCGUGUGGCAGAGGAAGUUUAGAGGGUUUUGAGCGGUGGUGUUGACUUUGGGAGGAGGUUGUGUGUGUUGUGGACUGGUCUUUGAGCUUGAGAGUGCGUUUGGUUUGAAGCUCGGAGGAGAACUCCAGGUGCGUGGCAUGAGAGGGGAUACUAGUAUGAACUGGGGUGUUGUGGUUUGAGAGAUCCUGUUUCAUGCGUUUUGGAUCUCUUUUUGCAUCAUCAAGGAAGACGGGUUUGUGGUGUGUGUAGAGUUGUCGUGACAUGGAAGCUUGUACACAAGAGAGGAAUGAAGCCCGUUUGAAGCAACCGCGGUGGUUGGAUUGACUUGAAAAGGAAGUCAAUCGUAUAUACGCUUAUGUUUUUGGCUCCGGACGUGUCAUCGGAUGAAUCUAAGCUGUUCUUUACGUUUCGGCUUUUAGUUCCCAUUCCUUUGUGGAGGUGAGGUUGUUGCUGGUUAGUGCUGUAUCGGGAGGCUUGGAUGCAUUUUACAGUUGUAUUCGAUGGCUGCAGUUUUUGGAUUUGAGCAUGCAUGUGUGGUGAGGCUCGCUUUGAUGGGAGUGUCCGGAAGUGCAAAAGUACAGAUGGGAUUUCUUGGUGCUUAGACAACUCAGGAACGGGCUUUUAAAGCGUUCUUUCGGGGAGGAUGUCUAGUAUGAUGUAGCCUCUUCUUGUCUAUCAGACCCCUAUCAUGUAACGUCGUGUAGAUGCGAUUGAUAUCGUUUGGUUGAAGAGGGAAUUCUAACGUGCAAGAGAUUCCUCUGAAAUACGGGAAGACGAACAACAGUAACAAUCGUAAUAACAGUCGUGUCCUUCAUGAUAUUCAAGGAUAAAAUUGAAACAAGAAGUGGCUCUUCAUAGCAUAUCUUUUGGAAUCAAUCAAGGAUUGUCUAAAAAAGAUACAAAUAUUUGUAUCAAGUUUUUGAAAGCAAAGAUUUCUAGCCAAUAUGGAACAACAUGAAGAUUGUAUACAAGAUAUUGGCACAAUAUCAAAUAUUCAAGGCAUUGGAGGAGAUUUAUGGAAAGAAUGUCAAGAGUAUGUUAGAGCAUUGGAGGUUUUAUUGAAGGAAAAAGACAUAUUGAAUAGAAAUCAAUGUGAAAAUCAAUACAAGAAAGUCGAAAAUGUAAUGAAGGUGUUUGAAUGCUUAUUGGGAGGCAAUAGCAAUGGAUUAGAAUAUGGGCCUUUACUAAGUGAGUUAUAUAUUGUAUUGAACAAAGCUUACUUAUUGGUAAAGAGUUGUGGAGAAGACAAUUGGUGUGAAGUAGCUAUAUUUCAAAUGAAGAACAAAGAAACGUUUAGAGAAGUACUUUGGGAUUUGAAGAAUUGUUGUGAUGUAGCAAGUGAAAUGCUUGUGAAGCACAAUCCUAACAAAUUUGAAGUUAACAUGAGUGGUAUUUUUGAUGUUUCAACUUGUGAUGAUGUGGAAGAUGAUGAAAAAUAUUUAUUGAAAAGGUUAAUUCUUGAAAGUGAAGAACAUUUUCAAAAAAAUGGAUUAGCACAACAUUUACUACAAAGGUUAAAAGAUUUGGAUUGCAUGGAAGGAGGAAAUUUGGAUGCUUUGAAACUAUCAUCAAACAUAAAAAGUCUUAAAAUCAUAGAUCAUAUAAGUGAAGGAGCUUAUGGAGAAGUUUACAAGUCAAAUUGGUUAGGAAUUGAUUGUGCAGUUAAAAAGAUGGAUGUUGGGUAUGAUAAGUUAUUUAUGAAAGAGGUGGGCAUUCUAGCAAGUUUGAGCCAUCCAAACUUGAUUAAGUAUUUUUUUGCAAUGAAAGGUAAUGCAAAGGAAAGUGGAGAAUGUUGGCAACUAAAAACAAAAGAAACAAGGAAGUUAUACUUGGGGAUGGAAUUGAUGCAAACAAGUUUGAGUGAAAUGAUUGAAAAAAAUGGAGAAUUAUCUUAUGUUUUUCUUAUUGAUAUCAUGUAUCAAAUUGCAAGAGGGAUGUGUUACUUGCAUGACAUGCAUAUUGCGCAUCGUGGUUUGAAGCCUGACAAUAUUUUGCUAAAUAUAAAAGAAAAGAAGAUUUCAAAUAGAAUUGUUCAACAUGCUACUGUGAAAGUGAUAGAUUUUGGGAUGUCAAAGAUUGAAGUGGGAAGUAAUCCAAAAGCUACAAACAACAAGCACGUGUAUGGGAGUGCAAAUUACAUGGCUCCUGAGGUAUUGAAGAACAAAUCUCAAACAAUGACAAUAUGUCCAUUUGAAGCAGAUGUUUAUUUAUUUGUAAUGGUAUGUUGUAAGAUGUUCUUUAAAAAAGAUCCAUUUUAUGAUGCCAACACAAUGAAAAAGAUAUUAGAAAGAAUAGAAAAUGGUGAAAGACCAAAUUUACCUUCAAAUUGUGAUGAAUUGACUAGGCUUAUCAAAGAGUGUUGGAGCUUGAAUCCUUUGCAACGACCAAAGUUUGUGAAUAUUUGUGAAAGAUUGAUUGUGUUGAAGAGAAAGUUUAUAGCUAGAGAAGUUCAAAAAAAGGCACCUUGUUUUGGUGCAUCAAAAGAGAAAAGUCAUCCAAAUAUAGAAUUACAACCACAACUUGAUAGAUUGCCAUUGAUAAGCUUUAGAUCAAAAUACAUGGUUGAUGAAGUUGAAGAAGAAGUGUUUGGUAGAACACAACACUUAGCACAAAUAAGAGAACUAUGUGCAAGUAAUAUGAAGGCAUUGUGUCUUGUUGGAAUGGGUGGAAUAGGGAAGACCACAAUAGCAAAGGCCACAUUGAAUUCUGUGAAGCACAUGUAUGAUGCCUCAUGCUUUGUUGAGUGCAUUGAAAGUGGUGGUGAUUGUUACAAAAUGUGUUGCAAUAUUUUAGAACAACUUGAAGGUGAAAAAAUGCCAAAGGAUUUGAAGGAUGCUCAAGAAAUGUUGAAAUCAGUAUUGACUAAAAAGAAAGUCAUUUUAGUAUUUGACAAUGUGAAGAAUAAAAGACAAGUUGAAGAUGUUGUAUCAAUGGAUGAUAUAUUUGCUAGCAAUGGUAGCACAUUGAUUAUGACAACUCGAGAUUGGAAAAUAAUGGAGCAUUGUGAUACCAAAAUAUGUAUGGUGAAUGUUGAAGAACUUGAUGAAGAAACAAGUUUAAGGUUGUUUGUCACUUAUUCUUGUGGAUUCCAAGACAAGUUGCCUCAUGAACUUGUUGAAGUUGGCAAAAAGAUUGUAAAAGCUUGUAAUGGCCUACCAUUAAGCUUGAAAGUCAUGGGUGCAUUUUUAAGAGAAAAGAAGAGGUUGAGAUAUUGGGAGCGAGCUUUACAAAGAUUAAAAAGAGGAAGAGAGUUGGAUAGAGAUGAAGAGAAUAGUGACCAUAAGAUUUGGAAUAUAUUAAGAGUAAGUUUUGACAACUUGAAAGUUGAAGAAAAGAAUAUGUUUUUGGACAUAUGUUGUUUCUUUUGUAAUGAUGUUUGUUCGCAAGGCAUGUUGAAAGAAAGAGCAAUACGAGUAUGGACGAGAAAUAAAGAAAUGAUAUAUGAAGAAGAUAUAGAAUAUAUUUUAAAUACAUUGAUGCAUCAAUCAUUGGUAAAAGUAUACAAAUAUGGAAUUAUAAGAAUGCAUGAUCAACCGCAAGACAUGGGUAGAAAUAUUGUUGAAAUGGAAAUGGAGUAUAAGGACACACGAAUGUGGAAUAUGAAUGUGGAGACAUUUCAUGGAAUUUCAUAGAAGGUAACGUAUUUAAUAGUUAUCUAUAUGGGAAGCAUACAACUAAUAACAAUAAUAAAGAUUUGCAUUUGAGGUUUUGGAGA